AUGACUCCCUGUCGCCUCCCCUCCCCGCUGCCCGGACCCUGCCUGGGCCUGGCCUGGCCCACGGCUGCCCGGUCCUUCCUCCGCAGCCUCCGGACCUCUUCUGAGAUCCUGGACGAGCAGCGGCGCGGGGCCGUGCACCUCACAGAUCGAGAGCCGCUGGGGCCGGCGGGGGCCGGCCUGACCCCGCCGGGGGCGCAGCACGAGCGCCUGCCCCCGGGGUGCCCGCCGGCAGCAGUGACGCGGAAGGAGAGGUGGGUGUGUGGAAUGCGCUAUGAGCAACACAUCGCGUCGAAGCAACAACGUUACAACGAAUCGAAGAGCGCUGGGCGGGGGCCCCCGGGCCUGACCCCGCCAGGGGGGGCGCAGCACGAGCGCCUGCCCCCGGGGGUGCUGCCCGCCCUGCAGCAGGUGGCAGGGCCCAGUGGGGGGUUUCUGAGCUUCCCCCGCCUGGUGGCCGGGCUGAGAAUCGCGCUGCUCCAGGACCAGGAGGGGGAGCAGGGGCCUGGACAGGAGCCGGCAGAGACCGGACACAACUCAGCGCAGGAGAGGCCGAGCGAGGGCCAGACGCGUGAGGGGGAGCCGAGGGGUGUGACCCGAUCCCGCAGCAUCAACAGCUCCCUGAGCCAGGCCGGGCGGCCCCGGAGCCUCCGUGUCCAGAAGGAGCCGCGACGCCACACGAUCACCCACGGCAUCGACUACGGGGCGCUCUGCCGGUGCCCCUCACUCCCGACCCGCAACCCCCCAGGUGUUCUCUACUGGGCCGUUCAGCGCAGCUACACCAUCCUCAUCCUGCCUCUGGGCACUGGGCUGGGCAGCUGGGAGGCGGAGCACUUCUUCCUGGGGCUGCAGCGCAGGCAGGCGCGGGAGCGGGAGCGGGACGCGCUGCUGCAGGGGCUGGAACUGGCCGAGCGCCUGAGGGGCUGGUACCGGCGCCACCUGCUGGAGGCUCAGCGCAGGCAGGAGCAGGCGGGGGCGGAGCCGGAUUAUUUCCCAGAUUCGUGCCCCAGUCAGAGCUGCCUCCUGCUGGCCAAGAUCCAGGAGGUGAAUCUCGGGCUGCGAAAUCUACUGGCCAGCCCUGGAAAGGCUGACCCUCCCCCCUGCUUCCCCUCCAGCCCACUUGGGCCCCCGCUCUUCCAAACAGGGAAGCAGCAGGAAUUUCAGCAGCAAGCCAUGAACGUGCUGAAGGAGCAGAACCGGCUGCUCAUCAAGGAGGUGUCGGAGAAGAGCGACCGCAUCGCCCAGCUGGAGCAGGAGAAGGCGGCUCUGUGCAGGCAACUCCAGGAGAGCCGGGGCUCCCGGCUGCCCAGCCACAAGGAGUCGACCUUCAUCUGACGGACGAGGUCACUUCCUCCCGCUGACCUACCAGACGAGGUCACUUCCUUCUGAGAGCAAAGAUGUAAUUUUCUCCUGGGGCAAUGAUGUCACUUCCUGUCAUUCGCCCAAGGCCAGUGAGGUCACUUCCUUGUACCCCACCCCCCAGUGCAGUCAUUUCCUGCUGGACCUGGAAGGAACUAGCUCACUUCCUCCUCCUGUCCUAUUAUGUCAUUUCCUCCAUCCUGUCAUUGGUCCAUGAUGUCACGCUCCUGGUGGUAUCACAUCAUCUUCAGACUCUGCUGACAUCACUUCCUCUUCAGACCCUUUAGGCGUCACUUCCUCCUCCUCGCUUUUUCUGACGAUGUCACUGACUUCUUCACUUCCUGUCCCUUCUUCCUCCAACCCAUGUGGUUGUUUCAUAGUCAAGUCCAACCCUGCCCCACCCUCUGAGGUCACGGCCUUUCUUAUGGACACACACACACACAGCCUGACACAACCACCCCAUGAUGUUACACUCCUGGCUUCCUGUCAUCUGGGAGCCUCCCGAUAACAUCACUUCCUGGAUUAUGGGUAACAAGAGGGCUAAUAACUGACUGUCCAAAGAGGCUUUCAAUGGGGAAUACCCACAGUGCUUUGCACCAGUGUGACCCUUAGCUACAGAUCUAUGUGGUCCCCAUCCCGUCCUGCAUACCCCUCUACUUUCCCACCCCCACCCACCCACACAUCUCUCAACCCACACUUUUACUUGUGUGCAUUUUCAGGGUUCCCUCCCUGACCCCUUUGUGGGGUGUGACACAUUGUUUAUGGCUAAGUGCCCUCUAGUGGCUGGAUUCAGACCUGUCUGUGUGUCAUUAGCCCUCUAGUGCUUAAAGCUGAUGGGGACU